CACCUGGCAUAGCGUUCGGCGGAGGGCGGGCGGGAUUCGGUGGUGGGCGAAGACGUACCUGUAAUACGCGCGUUAUGCAGUCUACGCGCGCGUCUCUGAGAGCGAGCCGGUCGCUCCGAGGACUGCGCUUAGUGUAAAUCAUGCCACUGUUUUCCGAACACAUAUCGAACAUGUAUUACAGUGGAUCUGCGUCUUACAGUUCACCAUAUAGUUAUAACAGUUCGCUUUUACCACUCGGGACUUCGUACAGUGCUUCGUAUUUAAACCCAGGAGGGAGUUACAGUAAUCAUUCUUCUCUUAGUGGAUAUUCGCGGACGCCGUUGUCUUCGCGGUGGAUCCCAGGUGUCGGAAGGUGUUACGCUCCUAUUCUGAGCACGAUUUCCGAGAGAUCGACCGCCAGCCCUUCUAGAAUAAACAGCCCAAGGCGCAUUCCUCUAUCGAAAAGAAACUAUUCAAGUUCCGGGUACACUUCUCGACCUAUUAAUAUAAAUACUGCUGAUAUUGAUGUUUCGAGAGAUAAAUAUAAACAAAAAGUUGAAGAUUCGUCAGCUUUGUGUAAGGAGAUCCCAGAGACUGGAAGUGAAGAAAAAGAAAAUGGACCAUUUAUGCCAAGGGUGGACGGUAAGCCUGAAACAGGUAUUGAUUCGUCUCCUGGUACACAAAGGAGUACCAUAAAACGGGGUAGAACAGUAGUCAGAUUUCAUACGUUAAAGAGGAAGGAGCGUGAUUCCCCUCGCAAACCUGUUCAGCAACUGCAAAAAGACACUAGCUCGGAAAGAUUAGAUGUAGAUAAGACAGGCUUAAAUGAAACAAAAAAUCAAGAAUCAUUAAGAUGGAGGGAAAGGCUCUCUGACGAUUUAAUUUAUAAAGAUAAAAAGGUAAAGAAGACUUUAGGUACAAAGCUUGUAGAAAAAUUCGCACUGAAAGAUGAUGUCUUAACAAGCGGUGAUAAGCAACCUGUCAUUGAAGAUUCGGGUAACGAUGUAGAAGUUAGUGACACUCGAUCUAUUUCAGAAGCAAGUAUGUGUAAACUUACAGACAGACGAUGUUCUGUGGAAUUACUAGCGGAACAAGCAAAGCUGUUGGAUUCAUUGAUACGCAACGAAAAUUUAAGUACAACGACUUUGGAUGUCAGCAAAGUUGGUACUACUUAUAACAGCAAAGAAACCACAAAACCACCUUCUGUAGUUAAAAAUAAAACCGAUGAGAAACGAAAUUCAUUGAAAACAGCAAAAUCUGAUCAUUCUUUACAUGAUAGUUUAAAAUCAUUAGUAGAAAAUAAAGAAAUUAAGAAAAAAUCAGGCAAGCGGCGGAGUUUAAAAAAAUCACUGUCUGGAGGUAGCAUUUGUAGGUUAGAUUCCAUAACAGAAUUUCCCAAAGAACCUAUCAAAUUAGAUUUACCGCCUAUAAAAGAAAAAACGCAAGAAAAAGUAGUAAAAAAGCCGAGGCUUAAAACUAAAAUAACAUCUUCCGUUGAGGUGACGACUCCGCAAAGUCCUUUGAAAUUUAUUAUCGAAGAUGUAAUAGUAGAGCAGAAAUUACGGCCGAUUAGAAAGGGAAUUAUUUUUACAAGUGAAGUCGAGGAAACACCGACACCUACGCUAAAAUUAGAAAAAAGGAAACUGGAGGGGAAAGAAGAAGCUUCAGAAAUUAAAGUGGAAAGUGAAUCUGCGUCACCGGACCCUGACGAUGGUAAUUUUUGGAAUAAAAUAGGUAAACGAGAAACAGUCUAUUUAAUUAAAAGGAAAAAAAAGUUGGAAGAAAUGAAAGAGCAAAAUAAGCGUGCACUGUUUUGGUUCCCAGAAGAAGAAGACGAAUCUGAGAGAAAUUUGAAAUCCGAAAAAAAUCCUGUUACGGUUGAAAACACUAAUUUGAAUGAAAGUAAUGAAAGUAAAACUGAACAAACAAUUCUUAGUGGUGAUAUUGAUAAAACUGUUACCAAAGUAAUUCCAAAAGCAGUACUAGGAGAUUUGGAUUCAGACCAUAACAGCACUAAUAUAGAAAAGGUGGAACAAUCAAGCUUUGAAGCAAAAGUAAUACCAUUAAAUCAAAAUGAAUGUACAAAUUUAAAACAAGGUAACACAGAAAAAGCCGAACCGAAAAAGGUAAUGACACCGAAGUUAAAAAACGAUAGUGAAAAACUUCCUUCUUUGAAAAAUAAAGAGGAUUAUAUAAUUGACCAAAGAGAAAAAAAUCAAGAUGUAAUGACAAACAAUAAUAAUAACAAACCUUCACGACAAAAUAUUGGUGAUGAACAAAAGACAUUACAAGAACCAAGUGCAAUAAAAGCCAGAAGCAAUGAAACAGAUACAGAAACAACAAACCUGAGCACUGAAGCAGAGAGUAUUAAGACUUUAUCUUCUGUAAUUAACGACAGUAAAUCAGAAUUGAAUCAAAUUUCUUUAAAGGCUGAAGUAGUGGACAAACCUAAUGAAAAUAAAGAAACGACAAAGCCUGUGGAAAGCUGCAUAAAACAAAAAUCAGUCUCUUUAAAACAAAAUUCAUCUGAAAAAACUCAAACUGACACCAAAAGCAGUUCAGCAAAGCUAAAAGAAGAAAAUAAGGAGUCAACCUCAUUAAAUCACGAGCUAAAAUCAUUAAAAGAAACAGAAGUGGUUUCUAAAAAGAAGAAAAUAAUUAAAGUCUCGAAAUCAAAUAAAGCCAGCGAAGAAAAAAGUACAUGUAAAACAGUGCCGUCCGAUAAAAAAUUAACGAACCAAGAACUUAAUUUCGAAUGCGAUGCUUCUAAAUUAGCUUCAAUUCAUACGAAAAAAGAACAACCAAACAGUAAAAUUAUUACUAUGUCUAACGAGAAAGUUGAGUCCAACGCAGAUCAAGCAGCACUCAGUAGUUCAACUGGUCCUGACAUGUUGAUCAACGACAAAGAGUCAAAGCUUGUAAUUAAUGCUAGCAUUAAAAAUGAAACGCAUGACAAAAUCAGUUCAGUGAAUGAAUGCGCGGCUCACAAUAUAAAUGCUACUACUAGCGUACCUGUAAUUCCGAUAGUAUUAAAAUCUGAAAACAUUCCAAAUAAUAAUAACAACAUAAGUGUACCUUCCACAUCCCAAGAUAUCGUAAAAACAGAAGAAACAAAGUCUAGUACUAUUCUAAAUGCUCCCCAUGAAGAAAUGGCUUCAACUAAUGAAGAUAAAAAAUCAAGCAUAGGGAUCGUUACUCUACCAGUUCCUCCAAUCACCAAAAAACCUGUGAAGCCAGAACCGGCUCUGAGACCAUUGAUCGCCACACCGCGACCUUUACAGAAGAAGCCUCCUCAAGUGAUACGCUCAUCUGAUUCUUCUGAUUCGUCUUCAGAAGAGGAUUCAUCAGAUGAUGAUAGUGAAUCUGACAGCAGCGAAGAGUCAGAAGAAUUCUACGAAUGCGAAGUCAACAUCGACGGUAGAACGUCGACGGGUUCAAACGAUUCUGGAUUUGAUUCUUCUGCACCAGCGUCUCCUGCUCUAUUCUCUCAAAUUAAAAAAGACUGUGACGUAAACUGCCAUCGGAAGUGCGAAAAACUGACUGCAAAUUUGUGCGGCGUAAAUCAGCGACUCCUGGUGGAGGCUUUGGCCACAAAAAAUCCUUCCAAAAAAGGUGGAGAGAAUCCCGGAACAUCUUCAUGUAGCAGCUCGGCGAAUUGUUCCACUGAUAUAUUGGAACAGGAGCUUGAGCAAUCUACGGCUUACGGUAUUUUCCGUAAAACAGGCCGGUUCACACCACCAGCCAGGUCCAUACCCCGCUUCAGAAAAUAUACGGUUGAAGAUUUUCACUUCAUCAAAGUUUUGGGAAAAGGCAGUUUUGGAAAGGUUUUAUUAGCAGAACUCCGAGACACCGAAUACUAUUAUGCUGUAAAGUGUUUGAAGAAGGACGUGGUGCUGGAGGACGACGACGUCGAGUGCACCCUCAUCGAAAGGAAAGUUUUAGCGCUCGGUACAAAUCAUCCGUACCUUUGUCAUCUAUUUGCUACAUUUCAAACUGACUCCCAUCUCUUUUUCGUGAUGGAGUACCUCAACGGUGGUGACUUGAUGUUCCACAUACAACAGAGCGGUCGGUUCCCUGAAGCAACAGCGCGUUUCUAUGCCGCUGAAAUUGUUUCCGGCUUGAAAUUUCUUCACAAAAGAGGAAUUAUAUACAGAGAUUUGAAACUUGACAACAUUCUUCUUGACUUCGACGGCCAUGUUCGCAUUGCCGACUUUGGCAUGUGCAAGCUACAAAUUUAUUUAGACAAAACCGCGGAUACGUUCUGCGGAACGCCAGAUUAUAUGGCACCAGAGAUUAUCAAAGGAUUGAAAUACAAUCAAACGGUAGAUUGGUGGUCGUUUGGCGUGUUGCUCUACGAGAUGUUGAUCGGCCAAAGUCCGUUCAGUGGCUGUGACGAAGACGAGCUGUUCUGGUCUAUUUGUAACGAAAUGCCGUCGUACCCCCGUUUCCUGUCCAAGCAAUCUCUCUCCAUUUUAACUAGAUUAUUGGAUAAAGACGCAAGGACGCGUCUCGGUGGCGUGGAAUGUAUGCACGGCGACAUAAGAGAGCAGGAUUUCUUCCACGCGAUACACUGGGACAGACUCGAGAGACGGGAACUGGAGGCUCCAUUCAGACCUCGAGUUAGACAUCCAAUGGACACACAAUACUUCGACCGAGCAUUCACAGGAGAACGACCGCGGCUGACUGCUGUGGAGCCUCAAGUUCUUCGCUCCAUGGACCAGGAACCCUUCAGAGGAUUCUCCUAUACUAAUCCUAACGCUACAGAUCGUUAAUGAGGAAAAAAAACGGUUAUGGUUAAAAAUUUUGUGACAAAUAAACUCAUUUGUGAGAGUUGACAUAUUCCCGAAAAUUAUGGAAACGUCACAAAUCUAAUUUCAUCCGAUCCAAAUUAUGAUAUGGAUAGGAUGUUUUGAAAUAGAGUAUAAUAAUAAGUAAUUUGGAUGUACCUACCUACUUCUCAAAUUAUUUUAUUUAGAAUUAAAUGUAAUUUUGAGGCCAAUUUUUUAAAGUGAAAACUUCUUUAACUUCGUUGUUAUUUGAAAAUCGAUAAAAAGAAAGUGUCUCAAAAAGAGAAAAGCAUGCUAAACCUCUUUAAGGUUUGACCAGCGAGAAAGUAUAAAAUACUUUUUAAUUGAUUUUAUAAAAAGCAAUUAUGCUUCAUCUAUUGGACAUGGAAAAAAUCAUGAAAUGUCCACUUAUCUUGGAGUUAGAAUGAUUUCCAUAAAGCCUCCUUUGUAACUUAUUUAAAACUUUUCUCUGUAAUGAAGAGUACAUAAUAAAUUUGAGAAUUUGCGCAGAUUAAGAUGCAAAUAUUAGUCUACUGUUUACUAGUGUUCUUGUUUAAGAGAGCUUAUAAUCUAUAACUAGUGUAAAAAAAUAUGUCGAAGGUGCCUGGUACACAAAUACGAAAAGCCAAACAUUAACUAGCCUACAUCGCUUUAAUGUGAAUACCUACCUUAAUAUAAUACAUACCGACAAUUUUUUUCUUUAUUGACUGUUGAGUUUUAGAAGAGUCAGAAAUCUAAAAGUUAUACUUUUACACCUAUCACGUAUUAGCUUAACAAUGACGAUAUACUACCUGUUUAUAAAAUUAUAAUUACUAUUAGUUAUGUUUAUUUGUUAGCUAGAUAGUUUUUUUUAUAAGAAAUGUUGUAUCGUGUUACAAAGUAUUAUAAUAUACUUGUAUAAUAUAUUAUGUGUAUAUAUACAACGCUUAGCUUCGCUCUGGCAGCGAAAAUAAUAGUUUUUAAUGAAUUAUAUUACACUGUAGGUUGUUAGCAUCUGUCAUUCAAACUAUGGUUUGCACGACAAUGCAAGAGUUAUUGAUAAAUUACUAUAACUUAUACUUGCUUUGAUGUUCUGCUUCCAAAAAUGUAACAAAGUAUUUUUAGAUUAUUAGUUAUUAUUGGUCUCGUACUUAGAAAUGGUAAAAACAAAACCAAUUCUUGGACUCGACAAAUAGUAUUGUAGCUAUGAUGAUGAGUUCCUAUACAAAGUUUCUAUCAAAUACACACUUUAAGCAAUACCAUUUACUUAGUAUAAUUUUAUAAAAAAAUUCAAACUAGAUGUCAUUUCAAUAAAUUCUUAGGGUGUAAACUCUGUUAUGCGUAUUACAUAUCAUACUUAGGUAAUUUUAGUUCACAUUUUGUAAAUUGUUUGUUAAAAUAAAUAAGUGAAAAGUU